GUGAUGAAGCGCAUGCGCAUCGUGCUUCCAGGUCCGCAGCGGGCAGCCCGCAGUGCUGGAGCACAUAGCGGUAAACCGUGUACAGCUGUAGCGCCAUCUAUGGCCUUACACAAGAAUGCCAGCAGAUGGCGCCAUGUGCGUGCAUCAGAACGAUCUUCGCAACAGAAUCGAGUCUGUAGUGUAGACAGCCAAGUGGAUUGUUAAACCACUGGCCCGCCUGAUUUUUCGCCGGCCCACUCACACUAUGAUUUCUGAUCCGCUAUGUGUAUGUCCAAAGACAGUAUACCUGUCUGUUUCGGACAUGUCCGCUAUGUCCGAAAUGCGCAAAUAUUGAUCUAGUUUUUAAAAUGAUUAAUAACAACAUUCAUGCCAAUGACACAAUGAUAAAAUUGAAGUGAUUGGAGCAAUGCAGCAGCAAGUUUCCAGCAAAUUCCCGUAAUCUUUGAGAGUUAAUGAUAAACCGGUCUAGGGAUCACAAGUCAGGGGUCUGCACUGGUGUGUCAACACUUUAUUUGCCCUGUGGGUUGAAAGUGAGGGGCAGAGAGAGACAGAGAGAAAAAGGUGUAAGAAAGGAGGACGCUAGAGGCUGAGCAGAAGGCUGAAGGCACAGGAAAAAGGGAAACAAGACAAGUGUGGGACCGCAGAGAAGACCUGGGUGAGAUGCAGGCCACAUGGUUCUAUGUGUCAGUAGUGACGGCCUUCCUACUGGGACCAGUGGGAGGCACACGAGCCAGGGGCCGCCAGAGGUCACCGGCACAGCAGCCCCUCAGCAACAUCCCUGCUGUGCACAGCCUGGAUCUGCAGCGGUUUAGUGGAAGGUGGCUCCUGAACAGUGUUGCAUCAAAGUGUCGCUACCUUCAGGAGAAUAACUUCCGGCUGGAGAGCACAUCCAUGACCCUGACGGCCUCCACCUCCCCCACUUCCCCGCUUAUUGCAUCCACCCUAAGGAAGCUGAACCAGCAGUGCUGGAACAUCACGCAGGAGUACAUCCCCACCCAGAGCAGCAGCCGUUUCCUGAUAGCAGAUCGCUAUGACAGCAUCGAAGUUGUGGUCUCGGAGACAGACUACAUCUCCUAUGCCCUCCUGUACUACCAGAAGCGUGACCAGGUCACCAUGAAGUUAUACGGGAGGUCCACCCAGCUGCCUGACAGCAUGCUGGACAGGUUUGAAGACCUGGCGGAGAAGCAGGGCAUUUCCAUCGACCACGUUUACCCCUUCCCAAAGUAUGGUGGGUCACGCUCAUCUGUCGCAUGCCUGUAUGAAUACGCUGCAUAUCCGUAUGUGAUGCGUCACAUCACUGCCCAGAACUGUGACUUUUGACCUUAGUGUAGGCCUGCAUCCGGUGGAUAAAGAGCAGCAGGGAGCAGUGUGGGGGUAUAAAUAUGGCUGCAGUGUUGUCUCACUAUUAUCUUCCUGGCCAGGUUUCUGCGAGGUCGCUGAGAAGAGUCUGUAGCACAGUGAGUGAGCCGCUGUCGGUGCCCUGCUCCUCAGGCUGUGCCUGAGCCUUACCAUCUGCGCAUGUGAUGACCCUCCGGCCCUGCAGGGGCGCUCCUCACACCACUACUUCCCCUUACUGUCUGUGGCUGUGAUGACCCUCCCAUCCUACAGGGUGCACUCGUCACACUCCUGCUUCUCCAUGCUGAUGUGCCACUCCACACUUCCUGUUUCAAUUAUUAUUAUUUGUAUUAUUUAUUAUUUACCUUUGACUUGCCUUUCUGUUUUUUUUUUCUAUAAACUGCAAUACUAUGUAGAUGCAUCUGAUGGUGCAGUAUAACCAUGUAGCAUCAUUGUCCAGGUCUAGAUUAGCUUCAGAUUAAUGAAAUCCUGGCCCUGACAGAUCUUUGUUUUCCAGGCUUAUGACGGCUGGAUUGUGGGACACCCCAUCAUGUGACCUGGGAGUGAUGAAGUGCUUUGUCUCUCUGUGGGAUCACCCCCAUCUCCCCCUGCUGGUCAUUGUUUCAGCUUGGGGCCUCAUUAAUGCCCAUGUGUAAACACACUGCUGGCCUACAUCUGUAAUAAACUCUGUUUCAA